AUGAAUUGUGUUUCGGAGAGCCUGGCACGAGGCAAGCCAGCUAACAAGCUGAUCCAAUUUCAGCGCUCGGAGAGCUCAGACUCCUACGAUUCAACCGACGGCUCUACCAGUACGUUGCCUCCUCCUUGGGUGGGGGAUCUCGAGCAGCAACACGAGCAGGUCAUGGAGAAUCAAAGCUUCCUCGAGAAGCAACAGGAAGAGGUCUUGGAGUCGCAAGCGGUGCAGAAUCAGAGCAUCGAGAAAAACUCUGCAGGCGUGGAGCAGCUCUUUUUGAGUAUCGUUCCCGCCCCUUUGGGGCCCCCGAUCGCGACGCCCCCGCCUGGGCCGUGUGAGCCAGGAGUGGAGCUAACGGAGCCAGUGUGCCAGGAGUCGCACGUUCCUUGCACUCUCACAAUCAGCAACAACAGAUCUCGGGCAGCCUCGCAGACAACAAUCUUUCCGGGCUGCAACUUCUUCGACAAUGCGUCCCAGGAGCUCUUCAAAUACUGCAACGAUGCCAGUGCCUAUCGAGUGGUGACGGCCUCGACCUGCAGCGAAGAGCCCAGCUUCGAUGCCAUGUUAUCCGCUUUCCUGUCCGACAGCGGCAGCUGCCAGCUUGUGGGCUGCGUGAACCGCAACGGUGCCAGAUGCAAGAUUCCAUGGAAUGGCACGGGCAGCGACACGCGGGCAACCGUCACCUUCACGGUGGCUCCAUCGGCAUGCGUCUACAUUGUGCAGCAACCCGCCUCCGCGUCGAACCGUUUCGGCAACAAGUCGGAGCCGCUCAUCAUAACGUCUGAGAUGGUGCUCAUACCAACAACGACGACGGUGACUGAUGCAAGCACAAGCUCGCUCACGACCAUCAGUGCCUCCACGGCGACCAGCACUCCUAACGUGACGACAAGCUCUGUGCCAGCCUCUACGACUGCGACUGUGCCCGAGACUACGACCACGACCACACCGUGGAAGUCUAAGUGCCCAUGUGCAGAUUGGUGCAUGUGGGUGCCGCCUUAUUCUAUGAAAUGGGUGCCAUUCUGUACUGGCUGUCCUCGGUGUUGGGGCUGCCCACCCUGGUGCAGACCCCAACUCUUGGAGGUGACGGUGAGAAGCGAAAACAUGGAUGCAGAUGGAAGGCCAUGGGCAAUGCCACGGCUUUCAGGAUCCGACCACUGA